AGGCUUGCGGCUGGAGGGGUGCGUCACCAUUUGGAAAGAAUACUGGGCUCCUCAAUAUCACCUUUAAGUAUGACAACUGUACACCUUAUUUGAAUUCAGUGGGGAAACAUGUGAUUGGUGAUGUACAGAACAUCACUAUUAGCCAGUAUGCGUGCUCUGAUCAAGUUGCAGUGACCAUACUGUGGACAGCAAAUCCCAUUGGAAUUGAAUUUCUGAAGGGAUUUCGAGUAAUACUUGAAGAGUUAAAGUCGGAGGGAAGACAGUGUCAGCAGUUGGUUUUAAAAGACCCAAAGCAGCUCAACUCAAGUUAUAAAUGGACUGGAAUGGAGUCUCAGCCUUUUCUAAAUCUGAAAUUUGAAACGGAUUAUUUUGUAAAGAUUGUUCCUUUUCCUUCCAUUAAGAAUGAAAGUAACUACCACCCAUUUUUCUUCAGAACACGGCCUUGUGAAUUGCUUCUGCAGCCUGAAAAUCUUGCCUGCAAACCUUUUUGGAAGCCAAGGAAUCUGAAUGUUACCCAGCAAGGUUUUAAUAUGCAUGUAUCUUUUGACCAUGCACCACAUAAUUUUGGAUUCAGGUAUUAUUACCUGCACUACAAACUGAAAAAUGAAGGACACUUCAAACAGAAGGCUUGCAAACAGGAGAAAAAUACAGAUUUCACAAGCUGUAUUCUUCAGAAUGUCUCACCAGGAGAUUAUAUAAUUGAGCUGGUUGAUGAUACAAACACAACAAGGAAGACAAUGCAUUAUGCGCUAAAGCCAGUUCAUUCCCCAUGGGCAGGGCCAAUAAGAGCAAUAGCAAUUACUGUUCCCUUGGUUGUCAUCUCUGCAUUUGCAACCCUUUUUACAGUGAUGUGUCGUAAAAAGCAGCAAGAAAAUAUCUAUUCCCAUUUAGAUGAGGAAAGUUCAGAAUCUUCAACCUACUCUGCAGGCCUCCAUGUGGAAAGGCAACGGCCCCGGCCCAAAGUGUUUAUUUGCUAUUCCAAUAAAGAUUGUCAGAAGCACAUUAACGUCAUCCAGUGCUUUGCUUAUUUUCUUCAGGACUUCUGUGGUUGUGAGGUUUCUUUGGAUUUAUGGGAGGACCUGAGGAUUUGUAAAGAAGGGCAGAAAGAGUGGCUUCAUCGAAAAAUCAAUGAGUCGCAGUACAUCAUUGUUGUCUGUUCUAAAGGAAUGAAGUACUUUGUGGAGAAAAAGAACUGGAGGCACAAAGGAUCCAAGGAGAGGGAUUCUGGGAAAGGAGAACUCUUCCUGGUUGCUGUGUCAACAAUAGCAGAGAAGCUGCGUCAGGCAAAACAGAAUUCACAUGACCUCUGCAAGUUCAUAGCAGUUUACUUCGAUUACUCAUGUGAGGGUGACAUUCCUGGUGUUCUGGAUUUGAGCACAAAAUUCAAGCUCAUGGAUAACCUACCUCAGCUUUACUCUCAUUUACAGUCCAGAGAUCUUGGCCUUCAUGAUUCAGAACUAUAUCCUGUACAUAUCAGCAAAAGAAAUUAUUUCAGGAGCAAAUCUGGGCGGUCCCUUUAUGUGGCCAUAUGCAACAUGCAUCAGUACAUUGACCAGGAGCCUGACUGGUUUGAGAAACAGUUUGUUCCUUUUCUUCCGGCUCCUUUACAAUACCAAGAGCCUGUGAUGGAAAAAUUUGACUCUGGAUUGGUGCUAAAUGACUUAAUCAGCAAACAAGUGGCUGAUGGAGAUUUCUACCUGAAAGCAGAUGCAAAUAUUAUCCCGUCUUUAAAUUCAGACUCUCACAGUAUGAUGCAGAAUUUGAAUCUUGGAGAGGACAGAGAGUCUGAGGAUAUUCAAAAUACCAGCUCCAUUCUCCAACCCUUGUUGCAUGUUGUGAAAGCUGCCAAUCUUCCAGAUAUGCCUCGGGACUCUGGGAUUUAUGAUUCUUCUGUUCCUUCUUCUGAGUUGUCAUUGCCUCUAAUGGAAGGUCUCUUAGCAGACCAUACUGAAACCUCUUCAAUUACGGAGAGUGUCUCCUCUUCGUCGGGACUGGGAGAAGAAGAACCUCCCAUGCUUGCUUCAGCUAGCAACCUUGUACCUGAAAUAUGUAAAGCAGAACUUCAUUGCCAUAUUCUCACUGAUGAACUGCAGGCAAUUGCACCUUUAUAACAUGUUGCAAGAUUUUUAUGCAUUGCCACUUUAUCAACUUCCUCGGUGCAUGCAUUAUUCUCUACGUCAUCACAGCCACUUGACUGACUUGAAGGAAUGGAUGCUUUCCUGGAGGAUUACCUGUUACUUCCAUGGGGAGUUUAU